CGCGUUGCUUCUGUGGCUCCACGUCGGCACCAGCUGCGAGGGAAGAUGGAGGCGCUGAUUUUGGAACCCUCCCUGUAUACUGUCAAAGCCAUCCUGAUUCUGGACAAUGAUGGAGAUCGACUUUUUGCCAAGUACUAUGAUGACACCUACCCCAGCGUCAAGGAGCAAAAGACAUUUGAGAAGAACAUUUUCAAUAAGACCCAUCGGACCGACAGCGAAAUUGCCCUCUUGGAAGGUCUGACAGUGGUAUACAAAAGCAGUAUCGAUCUUUAUUUCUAUGUAAUCGGCAGCUCCUAUGAAAAUGAGCUGAUGCUUAUGGCUGUUCUGAACUGCCUCUUCGACUCACUGAGCCAGAUGUUGAGGAAAAAUGUAGAAAAGCGAGCUCUGUUGGAGAACAUGGAGGGUCUCUUCUUGGCUGUGGAUGAAAUCGUAGAUGGAGGAGUGAUCCUAGAGAGUGAUCCCCAGCAAGUGGUACACCGGGUGGCACUAAGGGGUGAAGAUGUGCCCCUCACGGAGCAGACAGUGUCCCAGGUGUUGCAGUCAGCCAAAGAACAGAUCAAGUGGUCACUUCUUCGGUGAAGACCUCAAUGUUCCUGGCUCCUCAGCACCUUAAAAAAAUCCACGUCUGCUGUGAAUUCUCAUCCAGUCCCCCAACUGAUACUCUCAGGGCCAUCUUGGGGAUCAUAAGGAUCCUUAAAUCUCCAUCCUAUCUAUUUACAAACACACCCAAGCCCCCUGAACACUUCCUAUUCCUUCUUACCGUUUGCAGUUCUGGGAGUAAAGCUCCCAGCAGAUUUGGAUACCGGGCUGGGGAAGUAUCCUGUUCCUGUCUAGACUGGAUUAUGCUCCCAUGCUCUCCUACCCCCUUAUUUUCUCCUCGACUUCUGGGCCCUUUGCUGUAGCUGUGCUGCAGAUCAAAGCAGGAGAAAGAAUGUGCUGAGUGUUUCCCUCCUGUUGCCUCUGCCCAGCCUUAUCCCAACAGCCCAUAUGUCCAGCAAGGGGAGGAAGAGAGAAUUAUUUUUUAUACAAUGAGUGGGGGUGGGAUGGGUGAGGAUGUAUCCAGUCUCAGCCACAGCCCCACUUGGCCUCAGCAUUUUCUCCCAUUCCUUCUUACUAUCCUGUCUUUCACCUUGGGAAAGAGACUGGGAAUAGCUCCUACUGAUGGGACAGUGUAUAAGAAACAGUGAUUUACAUAUUAUUGGAUAGAGCUUAAAAAAUUCAUUCUCUACCCAGAUCCUGGCAUAUAGCUUCAAAACUGCUGUGAUGAGUGUCCAUCCCUCCGUCAGCUACCUACCUUACUCUUUACUAUCCAUGGGAUCUUUGCAUGGUUUGUCCUCACUGUGCCCUGGAGCACAGCCACUCCCUGGGACUAAAACUCCACUUUAAUAUUGGGAGGAAGAAUUUCUGCUCAGAAAUGGAGGAGUAGAAUUUAUGACUUGGGCCUCAAAGCUCUCUUGGUCCCCUCAACUCCCCCACGUGUUCACUCCUCUGCCUUGGGUCUGCAAUCUGCUGCUUAACCCUGUCCUCUCUCUGCCUCAGCCUUACAUUUAAGUAGUAGGUCUGGGCUUUUCCCCGUGGUUGCUGAGAAAGGUGCCUUUCUUCAUAAAAUCUUUGGGAUUCGGAUUUCCCCAGGAAGAUGGAGAAUGCAACACCCACACUUGCAUCUAAUCUGCCCCUUGACCCAAAACUUCCUCCCCACAAAAAUGUCUUAACAAAACCUUUCUGAGAUUUAGGCAUUCUGCCCUACCCACUAACUGCCAGUUCUUUACCACUGAAAUGGGGCAGACAGCUGGGCAUAUUUAAGGGGGCAUCUUUGUGUAAGAAAUGUAUGGAGUCAGGAGAUAGCCACCCUCAUACACUGCUGUGUACAAAGAGGAAUAAAACGGAUUCUUUUUCCAAACUG